AUGGCUAGCUUUCAUUUAUUAGUGUCCUACGCUACUAUCAUCCUUGCAAUUAUAGCAGGCAUUACAUAUGCAACAAGGAGUAUCUGGGGACCACGUUUACGCCGAUUUCGAUACUCGCCUGUACAUGAUUCAUUCGAAUCUGAUAUUCAAAACGGAUUGACAUCCAAUUCUUUUGAUCUUUUCCAGAAUGUGCUUUCACAAGAUUCGCGGGCCGGUCUCGACGAGGCAUCUUCUAUGGAAAUAAAGGGCAUCAUGAAGAAACAACAAUGCUCCUUUGAUCAAGCUCGUCUCAUUUAUCUUCGAAAUACAAUGAGUAGAAACAAUAUUGAUCCUUCCGGACUUCCUCUGGAUAGUAAGGCUAUUACUAAACUUUGA